AACUUGUAUCGUGAUGGACAUGCUAUUUUGUAAAGAAAAUAGGAAGAAAUGGAUAUUAUGAAUUUAAGUACGUGGCGAUUCCGUCGUUCCAAAGAUUUCGCGGAAGAAACACAGCUGACAACACUCUCGGUUGUUCCAAUCAAUCGUUCACUCUCAAAAGACUUUAAAUUAUUGUAAUGAGAAAGCGAAAAGUCGUGCAUAAUUUCUGAGAAUCUUCCUUGCCAUUGUGAGAUGGUUCCAAGGGAUUGAUAUCUCCCUGUACUUGCCCUGCUUCAGCUGCUAUAUAUCCUAUAACCUACAAUUGGUGGUAAAGAGGUAAAUUAACAACAAUGGCCGAGAUGGCUGCCGUGGGAGCUGCCAUGCAGCUUGGCAUGGAGUUUGGCUUGAAAGGGAUUUGGAAAGCAGGUGUAUUCAUUUAUAAGGGUUUGAACGGUUCGGAUUGUAAGAAACUCGAACAAAUUGUGAAUAGUUUAUCCCCGAUUGUCAUAGAGAUAUGCAAUUCGAAAUCGGAAUCGUUACCGAAUUCAUCGCUGCAAAAAUUCCCAAAAUUUCGCGACAAACUUGCCGAGGGCAAUCAGCUGGUAGACGAGCACAGAAAAAGUCGCAAUCCCUUCCGGAAAAUCCAGAUCAAUGAACGCGUUAAGAAGCUGGAUAAGUCUAUUAACAAAUUCAUUCAAAAUGACCUUCAGGUCGUCAUGGUGCAUGCGCAGGCUUAUCUCUCGAGCCGACUGGAAACUGUGCGCUACCUUCAGGACGUCAUGCUGAAUGCGCAGGUUUCUCUCUCCGCCGAAGUGGAAUCUGUGAAUGAAGGAGUAGAAGCUGUCCGUAAGGGAGUGGAAGUUGUCCGCGGAAAAGUGGAAACUAUGUGUAAAGCGGUGGAAAGUGUGGGUGAAGCGGUGGAAACUGUGCGUGAUGGGGUGCAAACGGGGGUGCGAACUCUGCAUCAAGCGGUGGAAUCUGUGCAUCAGGAGGUAAAGAAUUUAAUGUGUAAAAUUGAGGAACAACAUAUUGAGAAAUCACAGCAGGAUGAGAGCCUUUGUGGUACCCCAGACACGCCGAGCGAAUUCCUAGGUUUUGAGAAACACAUAAUGGCAUUGAAGAAGUAUUUUGUGGAGGAUGGAAUGAAUGUGGUUGGAGUUACAGCCAUGGGUGGUGCGGGCAAAUCAACACUUGCAAAGGCCGUUUGUAAAGACAAUGAUAUCAAAGAGUACUUCAAGCAGAGAGUAAUAUACAUUGUCGCUUCAGAAAGACCAGAUCUACUAAGUAUCCUGAAAGAAAUGUGGAGAAAUAUUGUUGGUGGCUCAGAACCUCAUUUUACAAAUGUUGAGGAUGCACAUAACAAAUUGGAAUUGCAAAUAAAGUCGCUAAAGAAACGAACUCUGGUGGUCUUGGAUGACAUUUGGUCGAAGCUCCACCUGAAGGAACUGCUGUUUGAAGAGAAGCAUUACAAGACUUUGGUAACCACAAGAGAUAAAUACGUGAUCCCAAAGGGGCCGAAGACACAGAUUUAUGACCUACCGUCGCUGCAACCGGAGUAUGCUCUGUCGCUCUUCUGUCACUGUGCCUUUGGCAAACCUUUCAUUCCAAUUGAUCGUGAUAAAGAACUGGUUAUAAAGGUGCAACAAGAAUGUAAUGGUCUGCCAUUGGCUCUUAAAGUAAUUGGUAGCUCUCUGUAUGGUGAGUCCGACUCUGUUUGGGAACGAGCUGAGGAAAGGCUUUCAGCUGGAGAACCUUUUAAGGAUGAUCACAAGGAUUUCGUUCUUAAUACAUUGAAAACAAGCAUCGAUGUGCUCGAUGAAAAUGAAAAGCGGUGCUUCUUAGAUCUGGGUGCAUUCCCACAAAGAAAAGCCAUUCCUGCAAAGGCAUUGCUAGAUAUUUGGGUUUAUGUUCGUAAAAUGAAUUCGGACAAAGCCGAUAUGCUCUUAUGGAAGUUUGCAGAACGCCAUCUAUUAGAUUUGAAGAAGAAUCCGGGGACCGCAGAGGAUACAGAUGACUGCAUGGAUGUAUAUUCCUUUUCCCAACAUGAUGUAAUGAGAGAUUUGGCCCUGUAUUUGGCGAACCAGGACAAUAGCACUCAGUGUAGGAGGCUAUUUAUGCCUAAAAUGGAAAGUUGCUUUCCUCUCGAGUGGGAAGCAAAUAGAGUUCUUUCAUCUAAAGCCCAGAUUGUUUCCAUUUACACGGGGGCAAUGAAGGACACAGACUGGCCCGAAAUGGAGUUCCCUGAGGUGGUAGCUUUGGUUUUAUAUUUCACUGCAAGUGAAUAUUGCAUUCCAACAUUUUUGCACACAAUGAAAAAUCUCAAGGUUCUGAUAAUUCACAAUAAUGACGGAGCGAAACGAAGUAAGCUCAGUGGAGUGGUUGGUUUUAAAGAAAUUUCUCAACUUAAAGCUCUGCAUCUUGAAAAGCUGAUAGUUCCUGAGGAAUGCAAGUUCUUGAAGAGUUCGGAGAAAAUAUACAUGAGUUUGUGUGAGGGCCUUGGUAGGGAUAAAACGUUCAACUUUCCUGGGCUUUUGGAAUUUAAUGUGAACUACUGCAUUGAUCUUGAGGAGUUGCCAGCAGGACUUUGUUCUUCAACUUCCCUGAAAACAUUGUCAGUUACUCAUUGUCAUCGCCUUGAAAAGCUACCUGAUGAGCUGGAUAAGCUUGAAUCAGUUAAGGAAAUAAGAUUGUGUGAAUCUCUAGGCUUGGAAGCACUGCCAUCCUCCAUCUGCAGUCUUAAAAAGCUAAAACUCCUUGACAUCUCAUCGUGCAUACAUUUGAAGGUGAACAAGGGGUGCGAAUUGAGGGAGAUUCUUCAAAAAGUAGCCAAACUGCCAUCCCUUAAACGGGUGAUUUGUGAUAAGAAGAAUGAGUGGCUGUUCAAAAGAAGCUCCAGGACCGAUCUUAAAGUUCAAGCUGUUGAGGAGAAAGAACCCAAUUUGGAUUGGCUGGAUUGGGAAGGGAGGAAAUUAGAGUUUUGAUAUGUACACCAUAGAUAAAUCAUUCCAAAUGUACAUUGCAUCUAUUUUGCAAAAGGUUAGGGUGUUGCAAUAUAGAUUCCUUUAGUUGGCUUUUAUAGUUAUUGCCAUGUUCACCAUUUGUCAGUGAUUGAAGUUGAUUUCUAAUAUCACUAGUAGUCAAUGCAUUUUCCUC